AUGCAUUUUACGGAAAUGGAGACCACCGUCAUCACAGCGGCACAUUUCAGUCACGGUCCAUACCGCCUUCAACUGUCAGACAGCUUUGUACCUCUACAGAAACUACCCAAAGAGCGCAGCUGUUCAGAUCCGAAGGACAGCAAGUCCAGAGUGCUGAAAAGACAGCGCUCCACUAGUCCGGAGCGCCUGAGGUGCAAGCGCAGACUGACUUUUAACGGCCUUGGAUAUUCUAUCCCUCAGCAGCAGCCGGUUGCUGUGGCAAGGCGUAACGAGCGGGAAAGGAACAGAGUAAAACAAGUGAACAUGGGCUUCCAAACACUUCGUCAACAUGUUCCCAACGGAGCGGCCAACAAGAAGAUGAGUAAAGUGGAGACGUUGCGAUCUGCAGUGGAGUACAUCCGCGCGCUUCAGCAGCUCCUAGACGAACAUGACGCUGUGUCUGCCGCGUUUCAGUGCGGCGUGCCGUCACCGGCUGUCUCAAACGCGUACUCUGCGGGUCCGGAGUCACCUCAUUCCACCUAUUCUUCCGACGAGGGCAGUUACGAGCAUUUGAGUUCAGAGGAGCAAGAUCUGUUGGACUUUACCACAUGGUUCGACAGGUACUAGUCACAGGUGAUGAAAAACUCAUUUCAAUGGUGCUGAAAAGGACAGCGGUUUUGAAGAACCUCUUCGGUGUUCAUCACAAGUGCGCACUAACCAAUAUACUAAUGAAUAAAAAUCGCAAAACCAACCAGUGCGUGAGGAUCACUCCGGCUGGCGCACGAAACAAAGUUGUUUUUUUUUUUGUGCUCAUCAGCCACGCGACUUACCCACAUUGUGCUGAAGACAAGUUCAAAAGCACAAACUUGCAAAUGUUGAGCGCGGAAAAUACAAGGAAUAUCCAUCAAUAUCCAGUAAAUAUUAUUUCUUGUUAGAUUACUUAAAUGAUCUUUUAACAUACUGGGUGCUGAGACUACUGAAUAAGAGAGUUGCUGAAUACAGCUGUGGUGUAGCCUUUAUGAUAGAGGUACCACCUUAGGUGCGCUGGAUGGUGCUUGUGGGUGUGUGCGCAUCAAGGAAAACAGACUGAGGCUGUAGCAUUCCCUACAGGCAAACUGAAUAAAAAUGCAUGCAUAUUAGAUAAGCAGUGAUGUUUUUGUACUGUAUGAAUGGCUUUUAUAUAAAAGUGUGCACUUGUGUCUUUUCAUACAGACCUAUGUAUAUGUAAUU